AUGAAGACCUUCGCCAUCUCCGCCGCCCUGCUGGCGUCCACCGCCGUGGCUAUGCCCACUCCCUCCCGGACUCGCUCCGUUGGCAACCUGGUGCCUUGCCUCCAGAAGGAGCUCAUCCCCUCCGGCGGCCUCCCCACCGGUGUCCUGAGCUGCGUUGAGUCUGCUCUGCCCUCCGGCCUGUCCUCCGGCGGCUUGAGCAGCCUGGGUGGUCUCUCCAGCCUGACCAGCCUGACCAAGGACCUCCCCCUGCUGUCCAGCCUGUCCAACAUUGCUGGUGGCUCCGACUCCGCUUCCAGCGGUGCCAUCUCUGGCCUCCACAGCGUCCUGAGCGUGACCCACACCCUGAACAGCGGUGAGGUCAAGAACCUCGUGGUUGAGCUUGACGGCAAGUCCGCCCAGCUCCUGGCUGGUGCCCACCUCGGCAGCGUUGCCAACUCCAUCGGCUCGGUCCUCCAGACCGCGCCCGUUGUCAGCCAGCUGAACCUCGCCGGUCAGGGUGAGGGUCUCCUGACUGUUGUUGACACCACCGGCUCCGCUCUGCUGGUCAAGCUGAACGAGGAGACCGCCACGCUCUUCAACUCCCUGGGUCUGUCUGAUGUCUCUUCGCUCGUCGGUACCGUCAUCGGCACCCUGGACGGCUUCCUGCAGAGCCUGAACCUGAAGCGCGACUCCCCUCUGUCCAUCCUGUCCAGCCUCCCCCUCGUCAGCAGCCUCAGCGGUCUGAUCAGCGAGGACGGUGUGACUUCCAUCCUGUCCCAGACCGGCGAGACCCUCCCCGUCAAGCUCGACUCCGGCCUCCUCAGCAACGUCCUGAGCACCGUUGACCUCAGCAACCUGGGUGACCUCUCGAACGUCCAGGGCACCAUUGGCUCCGUCGUCGCCAAGGCUGAGUCCAUCCCCCAGCUGGCCCAGCAGCUUCCCGUCGCCGGUGAGGUUGAGGGUGUCUUCAUGGGUGUCCUGUCCCAGGACGGUGGUGCUCUCCUCGUCAAGGUCGAGUCCGCCCUUGAGGGUCUCCUGUCCACCCUCGGCCUCGGCAGCCUCGGCUCCGCCGCCGGCUCCGUCAUCAGCGAGGGUACCUCCGCCGUCUCUGGCGCCGGUGCUCUGGGCUCCCUGUAA